AUGGCCACCGAACUUUGCCCCGUCUAUGCUCCCUUCUUCGGUGCGCUGGGUUGCACCUCAGCCAUCGUCUUCACCUGCUUCGGAGCUGCCUAUGGAACUGCCAAGGCCGGUGUCGGUGUCUGCGGCAUGGCCGUCCUCAGACCCGAUCUGAUCGUCAAGAACAUCGUCCCCAUUGUCAUGGCGGGUAUUAUCGGUAUCUACGGUCUGGUCGUGUCCGUCCUUAUCGCCAACGAUCUGAACCAAAAGGUGCCGCUGUACACCGGAUUCAUUCAGCUGGGAGCUGGUCUCGCUGUCGGUCUGGCCGGUCUGGCUGCUGGUUUUGCCAUUGGUAUUGUGGGUGACGCUGGUGUCCGUGGAACCGCUCAACAGCCCCGUCUCUACGUUGGAAUGAUUUUGAUUCUCAUUUUUGCUGAAGUUUUGGGUCUGUACGGUCUUAUCGUCGCCCUUCUCAUGAACUCCCGCUCGAGAAUUGACGCCGUCUGCUAA